GAAUUCAUAUCAAACCGCAGCAUCUACAGAUAGAGAACAAGAAUGUCAUUAACCACUUGUCGCAGACGAGUUUUUAUUUCAUAUAUGGAAUUACCAGGCGUUUUCGCAGCGAUGCCGGCUAUGAGUCAUUUUAUUUGUUUUGGUUUGGUGAACAGGAAAUGUAAUGCAGUACAGACAUUUUUCCAAUGAAGCUAUUUAAAAAUUCAUGUUUUUUCCUUUUCGAGUCAUAAUCAAAGAAUGUCAAUUUAAAGAAGAGCAGUUGGGAACUCCACGAAAGGAAAAAAAUGCGUAAUUGUGUUCUACAAAUCCAGUUUUAACAAGUUAUUUGCGUAAACAUGUGAAAAGAAGAGGCGAGACAAGUUUUCUAGUUGCCUAUCGAUAAUGAAUAGAGAUGUUUAUUACGUCAGUCGAUGCAGUUGGAAGGUAUAAUAUCAAUGCACUUUUGAAAGUUGUCAGUCGUGCAGUUGCAACGUCAAGGAAAAGAACAUAUUUUUAACGGAAAAUAUGCGCUUUGGAAUAUUUUUAUGGUUUCUCGUCUUUAAAAGUAUUCUCGUCACUUCACAAUCCAUGUCGAAUUGAUGGAGUUCGAUCGGAAGAUGUAUCCAAAUAAGUUCCUGUAAUUCCUUGUAUCAGUUGUUGCGAAAGAAACCUUUGCUUCCAGCGGAGAAGCAAAAGUUGGCUCAAAGUCAGUGUGGAUGGCAGAAUAAUCAGCCGAUGGUCUGUUGUCCUGAUCAAAGCAAUUCCGCGUAUUCCGCUCCAUUCACGUUCCCAGGUCAAUACUAUACAACAACAACAACUCCUUCGAGCUUACCUUCAAAUCCAUUACUUCCUCAAAUUGGUGAGUGUGGUCGUCAAACCGAGGAUCGGAUAAUUGGCGGAGAGAUUGCUAACUUAGAUGAUCAUCCAUGGGCAGUUUUGCUGGAAUAUAGAAAAAAUAAUGGAAUUCGUGAUUUCCAUUGCGGCGGUACUCUGAUCAGCAAUCGGUAUGUCUUAACAGCAGCUCAUUGUAUUCAAUCGAUUCCUCCGUCAUGGCGCUUAGUUAGUGUUCGUCUUGGGGAACAUGAUCUCACGCAAAACCCAGAUUGCGAGGGAUAUGGUUACAUGAGAGAUUGUGCAGAUUAUCACCUUGACAUUCCCAUUGAGGAAGUCGUUGUAAACAACGGUUAUAGUCCGUACGACGAUCAACAAUAUAACGACAUUGCAUUGAUUCGAUUAGCGAAAACUGUUAAAUUUACGGCUUUUGUGAAACCGAUUUGUCUUCCAAUGGACAAUGAGUUGAAGGAAAAAAGUUUAGUUGGAGAUCGUAUGGAAGUUGUUGGAUGGGGAAAAACUGAAACAAGAUCCCAAUCAAAUAUAAAGCUAAAAGUCAAGAUAAGAGGAGUCGAUUUGAAUACCUGUUCAGCCAGAUUCCAACCCGUACGAAGAGUCAUCGAUACUCAAGUUUGUGCUGGAGGCGAUCGUGGCAAAGACUCAUGUCGAGGAGAUUCCGGAGGAGGUCUUAUUGGCACCUACAAAGACUCUCGAGGCAAUUAUUACGCAUAUCUUGCUGGCGUUGUAAGUUACGGGCCCGAUCCUUGCGGACAAGAAGGUUUUCCGGGAGUUUACACACGUGUCAGUCGUUAUCUCGAUUGGAUCGAAAGAAAUAUUCGACAAUAA